ACCAGCACUCCAGCAGCUUCGUCCUAAAAAGAGAGAGAGAGGAAGGAAUCCAAUUGUCCGAAACCCUACCCCUCUUACGCCGCUUCUUCCGACAGCGCCGGCCACUCCGCGCCGUCCUGUCGCCGCACCGCCACCCUGUCUGCACCAAAGAAGCUUCAUUCGAGCUGUUAAACAAGUUUCCCGGGGUAAAAGGGUGAAGUGUGAUAUCUUGGGGUCAGUCGGAAGUCGAGGUUGAGUUUCUUUUCAUUCUCGACAAAAUGGCAAAAGAAAUGAAGGAACUUCAAUUGCAUAACACCAAGACGAAGCAAAAGGAGGUGUUCAAGCCUCUAGUCGAGGGCAAGGUUGGAAUGUACAUCUGCGGUGUCACAGCCUAUGACCUCAGCCACAUUGGCCAUGCUCGUGCCUACACUGCUUUUGACGUACUCUACAGAUAUUUGAAGCAUAUUGGCUACGAAGUUACCUAUGUCCGCAAUUUCACUGAUGUCGAUGACAAGAUUAUUAGGCGAGCAAAUGAGCUUGGGGAGGAUCCUGUAGCGUUGAGUGCUCGGUUUUGUGAAGAGUUCCUAGCUGAUAUGGCUGAUCUACAGUGCCUUGUUCCCACCCAUCAGCCACGCGUGAGUGAACAUAUGGACCAGAUUAAGGACCAGAUAGCUCAGAUUAUAAGCAACGGAUGUGCAUAUGUUGUUGAGGGUGAUGUUUACUUCUCUGUUGAUAAUUUCCCAUUAUAUGGCUGUCUCUCUGGGCGUAAGCCAGAAGAUAAUUUAGCUGGCAAACGUGUUGCUGUUGAUGACAGAAAGCGAAAUCCUGCUGAUUUUGCACUGUGGAAGGCUGCAAAGCCCGGGGAACCAAAAUGGGACAGUCCUUGGGGCCCUGGAAGGCCAGGAUGGCACAUAGAGUGCAGUGCAAUGAGUGCACAUUAUUUGACGCACUCCUUUGAUAUUCAUGGUGGUGGGUCAGAUUUGCUAUUUCCCCAUCACGAAAACGAGGUUGCUCAGAGUUGUGCAGCUUGCCCUCAGAGCAAUGUCAAGUACUGGGUACAUAAUGGUUUUGUAACUGUAGCUGAUACAAAAAUGUCAAAGUCCCUUCGAAAUCACUUAACAAUUCGAGAGGUUACGGAGAAGUAUCAUCCACUCGCCUUAAGACAUUUUCUUAUGGGAACCCAUUAUAGAUCUCCUAUUAAUUUCACAUUCUCUGAGUCAGAUAUUUCAUCAGAAGCUGUGUUCUACAUAUAUCAGACCUUACAAGAUUGUGAAAAUGCACGAUCAGCAUUGGAAGAAGAGGCUGAAAAAGAUGGAAAAAUCAGCUCUGCUGCUCAAGAGAGCAUCACUAAACUACGCGAAGAAUUUGAGGCAAAAUUGUCUGAUGAUUUGCACACGCCAACAAUACUUAAUUCCUCUCUUCAGGAAGCCCUAAAAUUUAUGAAUAGUUAUAUAACCACGCUCAAGAAGAAACAGCCAAGAAAACAACAACUAUCCAUUGUGAGGUCUCUAUCUGAGUUGGAGAAACAAGUGAAGCAAGUUUUAGAUGUUCUAGGUUUGCUGUCAAAAUCAAGUUAUACUGAGGUCUUGCGGCAACUGAAAGAGAAGGCUUUACGACGUGCUAAGUUGUCUGAGGAUGAUAUUGUGCAUUUCAUUGAAGAAAGGAUGGUAGCAAGGAAUAACAAAGAGUUCUCUAAGAGUGAUCAGAUUAGAAGUGAUUUGGCUGCCAAAGGAAUUGCAUUAAUGGAUGUUGGAAAGGAAACCAUUUGGAGGCCUUGUGUGCCAGCCCAAAAAGAUAAGCCCGCUGAGAAGCCAGUCCAGCCCACCCCAGCUGCUGCGACCACGGAGAAGGAGCUGUAAGACAGCUCAGCCCUCAGAGUUACAAACUAAAUAGCUGUUAUGUUUGUGAUAUUAUUCGUCCGUCCAUCGUGCGCAAAUGUGUAUUUUGCAACAAGAAAAAAUUCUUUCAAGAGUUAGAAGAGCAUAUCUCUUGGAGUGUCCAUUGGACUAAAGAUUUUGGCCCAUGAACUCAAAAUUGCCGAGUCAAAUCAAAUAUAUAAUAUACACAAUAUAUACUCCGUAAUGUUUAUGCUAGACAUUCCAUUCAAUAUUUUUCCCUAUCCAUUUUUCCUCCCUUUGUAUUACAGCAAAUAAUUUGUUUGUCUCAAU